UAGAAUAGAAUAGAAUAGAAUAGAAUAGAAUAGAAUAGAAUAGAAUAGAAUAGAAUAGAAUAGAAUAGAAUUUUAUUGGCCAAGUGUGAUUGGACACACAAGGAAUUUGUCUUGGUGCAUAUGCUCUCAGUGUACAUAAAAGAAAAGAUAACGUUCAUCAAGGUACAACAUUUACAACACAAUUGAUGGUCAAUAUAUCAAUAUAAAUCAUAAGGAUUGCCAGCAACAAGUUAUAGUCAUACAGUCAUAAGUGGAAAGAGAUUGGUGAUGAGACGAUUAAUAGUAGUGCAGAUUCAGUAAAUAGUCUGACAGUGUUGAUGGAAUUAUUUGUUUAGCAGAGUGAUGGCCUUCUGGAAAAAACUGUUCUUGUGUCUAGUUGUUCUGGUGUGCAGUGCUCUAUAGCGUCGUUUUGAGGGUAGGAGUUGAAAGUUUAUGUCCAGGAUGCAAGGGGUCUGUAAAUAUUUUCACGGCCCUCUUCUUGAUUCGUGCAGUAUACAGGUCCUCAAUGGAAGGCAGGUUGGUAGCCAUUAUUUUUUCUGCAGUUCUAAUUAUCCUCUGAAGUCUGUGUCUUUCUUGUUGGGUUGCAGAACCAAACCACACAGUUAUAGAGGUGCAAAUGACAGACUCAAUAAUGCCUCUGUAGAACUGAAUCAGCAGCUCCUUGGGCAGUUUGAGCUUACUGAGUUGUGCACUGACAAUAGAGAUUUAAAAUUUGAGUUCCCCAGGAAGCCUUUCCCUUAAACCCCACUGAUUUCAAUCCUGUUGGGAGCAAAUGCGAGAGCUGGGGUGGGGUGGGGGGAAGAGAUGAGGAAAGAGCUGGAGGGGGUGAAGGGGAAGCACAACUUGCUGGGAGUUCAGUGUCACAAGAGAGCAGGCAGCGGAAACUAGUCAGAAGGUUCCUUAGCAAGAAAUAGCCCUACCGCCUUUCCCUCACACAUUCGAGGAAAGUGAAGAAAUAGUAAUCAGUGGGGCUGAAUAACGGCGCUGGAAGCCUGUCGGAAAAACUGCUCUAAAGUUGGCGAAGAGAAAAGAGUGAGCUGCCGCGCCCAGACGGUGCCGGAGCGAGGUGGGCCCAGAGGCGGGCGGUGCUCAAUGAGCUGCGGGGGGAUGCCUCAAGCAAAGCAAGAAGCAGCGGCGGAACACGGGGCAGCCUCGGAACUGGCUUCCGCGUUUCGCUCGAGCUUUUUCUUCUUCGUCAGGCGGCCAAGGCUGCGCGCGGAGCUUUGGCCAACGGGAACGUUUCCCGUCAAACGUUCCCUAAAGUGGCUUAGAGAGCCCCGCUGGUGGGCUGCGCGUCGCGGGAAACGGCCAAGGCUAAGUGGAAGUCGCCCCCUCGGUCUCUCGCUGAGGACGAAGUGAAUGAGGAAGGUGGGAGUCAAAGGCUCGCAAGGGGUUUUUCUCUCUCAUAGAGAGACGGCUCCUCGGAGGCUGAACUUCAAGGAGAGAGACCGAGAGAAAGAGUCCCACCGACCGGCGGAGAAAGAACUGCUGCGUCGCGGCUGAGCAACCGGGCAUGACGGCUCCCUAGGAAAGUAAGGCUGGGCUCGGAGGAGACGCCCGUUUCGAUCCCGAGCUUAGCCCACCGCCGUUGCUGACCGCGCGGCAGGGUUCUGGGCACGUGUCUGUUGUCGAGAUGGCAUCCAAUUAAAGGAAGGAGCGUUAAGGCGAGGUCUGCGUUUCUCUGAAUAAAGGUCAACUUGCGUCGGGGUUGGGCUGCUUAGACAAAAGACCGGAGAGGCGCUUGAGUUCUCUCAGGAACAACCGGUUUUGGGGUGGAGUAGUUGCUGGGAAGUUCCCCCGAAAGGGUGCUGCGGAAACCGCCUCUUUUCGGAUUGCUCAUUGCACGAAGCCUGAGGAACGGAUGUGGCGCUCCGGUUUGAGCUGGGCGAAGUUAACAACAUUCCGUUGCAGUUUCUCCAAAUGACAUGGUGAGAACUGAAUGCUUGCAGAUUCACUAGCUUCUAACACAUUCUUUCCAAAGUGCAUUGUCAUGAGGUGUUCCCUGAAACGAUCACUUGCAACAGCCUUUUCUCUCUUUGUGUUCUUAUUAAUCAUGAUUCUGGCUUCUUGGCACCAUGAAGAUCUUGUGAUGAAUGAUGUUCGGAAGUGGGCUCAAACAGUGGGUCUGCACCAUAUUGAGACUGACUGGACCGUUUAUAGCCUCCGAAUGUUUAUCGAUGCGGCCAACACGCUGAAUAUCUCUUAUGAGCACCUUGCUGGAUUGCCUCCACUCCAGAAAAAGUUUCUGACAUUAGGACUCUGUUCUAUCCAGCGGAUGAGAGAGGACUAUCUCCUGGAUACCCUGACAUCCAUCUUUGAACAAUCUUCUGAAGAAGAGCUGAAGGAAAUGGUGGUGGUGGUACAUUUAACGGACCCAAACCGUAGGUGGAAUUCUCAAAUGGCGUUGGAAAUUGCCAUAAGGUUUCCUGAACAGCUCCAUCAGAGAAACCUCGUAGUUAUCCACACACCUCUUGAGUAUUACCCUCCCUUGGAAGGCCUAAAAAGGAAUUUUAAUGAUCCUGAGGAACGGGUGCGGUUUCGAUCAAAACAGAACGUUGAUUAUGCUUACCUCAUGAACUUCGCAUCCAACCUCUCCACCUACUACCUCAUGAUUGAGGAUGAUGUCCGUUGCACCAAACACUUCCUCACAGUAAUCAAAAGAAACCUAGCAUCCCAGGAGAGCACCACUUGGGUCACUCUGGAAUUUUCCAAACUUGGUUACAUUGCCAAGCUCUACCAUUCUACUGACAUCCCCCGGCUUGCUCGAUUCCUCAUGCUCUUUUACCAAGAGAUGCCUUGUGAUUGGCUUUUUGUGCAUUUCCGUCUCCUGCUUACACAAAAGGAGGAAAUUCGUUUCAGGCAAUCCCUUUUCCAGCAUGUCGGUCACUAUUCCUCCUUCCAGGGCACACUAAACAAACUGAAAGAUGAAGACUUUGAAGAGGAUUUCUCUAAGAUCCCUGACAAUCCCCCAGCAGAUAUAAUAACCGAUAUUGGAACGUUUCAGAAUUAUAGACCCAGUAAGGCUUACAGUAGUGUGAUAGGCUACUUUUGGGGUAAGGCCCCUUCUGCUGGCAGCUCCUUCACACUUAUCUUUAAACAGGCUGCCCCCAUCUUCCGCAUCCAAAUCCAUACAGGCUCUCGGGAUUACCCAGAUUCCUAUCUCCAUGAAGGGCUUGUAGCAUUGGGCACUCAUAAAUUGCAUACAAGGUGUGCUAAUUAUAUCACCAUUGGGCACUUUGUCAAAGGAAAUUUUGACAAGCAGAACCUAGAGAAUAGUACCACCUCUGACCCUGAUUGUGUGCGCAUUUUGGUAACUAACUCUCAGACUGAAUCCUUGAUCAUAAGUAACAUAAGCAUCUGGAUAAAGCCUAAAGCUUGACUCCAUUUGAACGAUCAGGAUCUCUCACAGUAUAAGAACAUUAUUUGCAGACAGAUCCUUUCUGGAUACAAGAAUCCAAGAUGCAGUGGAAAAAAUCUCAGUCCUAAUGAUGAUAUAUUUGUGAUCUUACAGCAUAAGAGCCCACUAACAAUGUUCUUCAAAAGAUGGCUACAACUUGCAUUGUCUCCUGCUUGUCAGAAACCCUCCUUUUCCAAUUGAGUGUUUCCAGGAUUAUUUUGUAUCAAUCUCUUUUUCCCCACAAGAAGAGAGGUUUGUAGCUCUAUAUGAAAAAACAGUAAGAUGGGACCCAAUCCAUGGCUUGUUAGGAACCGGACUGCAUAGGUGGAGUGAGCAGCAGGUGAAAGUGAAACUGCACUUGUGUCAGAUCUAGUUUGUGUUCUCCAUCUCCCCCCCCCCUUCCCAGUUCUUCUACAAAAUUGGUCCCUGGUGCCAAAAAGGUUGGGGACCACUGAGAUAGGAAGCUGAAAUAAGCUAAGCUGGUAGCAGUGGUGAAAUCUGAACUGGUUUACUACCAAUUCGCUGGCUACGCAAAUGCAUGCACAUUAUGCACCAUGCACCAAAUGCAAGGUGUGCGCGCACAGUGCACACCAAAAGGAGGCAUGGGGUAAGUAGAACAGCACAGGUGAUCAGCUGUGACGUGCAAUCUUUUUUUUUUUUACUUUUAAAAACUAUUCGGCUGAAUAGGUUGCCAAAAAUGCGUUUAAAUGUUAAAAAAAGGCUUGACGAUCAGGCAGCUCAGCUGGGUAGCUGGGAUCGUCAGAGCCUUUUUAACCUUUUAAAAGCAUUUUUUUUGGCAACCUAUUCAGCUGAAUAAGUUGUAAAAAAUGCUUUUAAAAGUAAAAAAAAGGCUCUGAUUGUGCAGCUCAGCUGUGAUAGAGCCUUUUUUAAUACCUUUUAAAAGCAUUUUUUUAAAAGAAGCAGGAAACGGGUGACCAGGCA